UUUCAUCUCGAAAGAGCUCAUCCAGGUUAUACUGCUGUUCGUUGUGCGUGAAAAGAUGGCAAACAAGACGAGAUCAACUAUGUGGUCGUCCUUUGUUGUUUUUCAUUGCUUGUUGCUCUUAACUUCCUCCCCUCAUGUUCAUGCAACUAGGUCAACUCCAGGAAACUACACUCAAGAUUUAAAAGCAUCUACGUCAUUGAGGCUUGACAUCACUAAUACACAUGUUGUGAUGGACAAUGGUUUCAUCAAAGUUACAUUGACGAAUCCAACGGGAGAAAUUGCAGAAAUCCAGUAUCAUAAUAUUCGUAACCUCCUAGAAUAUGGUUACAAAGAAACAAACAGAGGAUAUUGGGAUAUUGUUUGGAAUUGGCCAGGCGGUGAAGCAAACUUUGAUAUGCUUCCAGCAACACAAUUCAAAGUAAUAACAUCAAACGAAAAUCAAAUCGAAGUCUCCUUCAUAAAAUACUAUGAUUCAAAAGAUCCUUCAAGUAUUCCUUUGAACAUCGACAAAAGGUAUGUAAUGUUGCCCGGCGAGUCGGGUUUCUACACGUAUGCAAUCUUUGAACACCUUAAAGGAUGGCCUGAUGUUGAUAUUGGUGAAGCUCGGGUUGCCAUCAAGCUACAAAGGAGAUUGUUCAACUAUAUGGCAAUAUCGGAUGACAUACAAAGAAAAAUGCCAAGUGAUGAUGAUAGGUCUACUGGACAAACUCUCGACUAUAAAGAAGCUGUUAUACUAACCAAUCCAUCAAAUCCUAAUAUGAAGGGAGAGGUUGACGAUAAGUACCAAUACUCGCAAGAAAAUAAGGAUAAUAAAGUACAUGGAUGGAUCUCUUUGGAACCACAUGUUGGGUUUUGGAUCAUCACGGGUGGUGAUGAGUUCCGUUCUGGAGGGCCAAUAAAACAAGAUUUAACCUCUCAUGUUGGUCCAACUGCCUUAUCGAUAUUUUUCAGUGGGCAUUAUAUGGGCUAUAGUUAUGCUGUAAGCUUGCGAAAUGGUGAAGCCUGGAAAAAGGUCUUUGGCCCUGUGUUUUUUUAUCUUAACUCCAACGAAGGCAGUGAUCUGAAAUCUCUUUGGGCAGAUGCUAAACGACAGAUGGUUGAAGAAACUAAAAGUUGGCCUUACAAUUUCCCGAAGUCAGAAGAUUAUCAAAGUGCUAGGCAACGGGGAAGAGUUACUGGUCGAUUACUAAUCCGUGAUAGGUAUCUAAGUACAGACCGUAUUCCAGCAAAAUCUGCUUAUGUCGGUCUUGCUAUGCCUGGAGCAGAUGGAUAUUGGCAACAAGAUGUCAAGGGUUAUCAAUUUUGGACUCAAACAGAUGAUAAUGGAUAUUUUGAGAUCAAUGCAGUAAGAUCUGGAACCUAUAACUUGUAUGGGUGGGCCCCUGGAAUCUUAGGUGAUUACAGAAACAGUGAUGACAUUAUAAUCAGUCCCGGAGAAGAUACAAGUUUGGGUGAGCUUGAGUUUGAUCCUCCCAGAAAUGGCCCAACAAUAUGGGAAAUUGGCAUUCCCGAUAGAAAGGGUGCAGAAUUCUUCAUCCCGGAUCCAGCACCUAACCUCAAGAACUAUGCUCUGCUCAAUAGUACUCAAAAGUUUCGGCAAUAUGGAUUAUGGGAUCGUUAUGCAGAUAUAUACCCUUCCCAAGAUUUGGUCUACACAGUUGGAGAUAGUGAUUAUCGAAAGGAUUGGUUUUUCGCUCAAGUCAACAGGAAAGUUGGGGACGACACAUAUGAACCAACAACAUGGAAAAUUUCAUUGCCGCUGCAAAACGUUGACCCGACGGGAACCUACACCCUCAGGAUUGCAUUAGCUGCUACCAACUUAGCCAGAAUUGAGGUUUUGGUCAACGAUCCAAGUCAACGUCCAAAAUUCUCAACAAAUGGAGGAGGUGGAAGAGACAAUGCCAUAGCGAGACAUGGAAUUCAUGGAUGGUAUACACUGGCUAGUUAUGAAUUUCCAGGAAGUGAACUCGUUAAUGGAGAUAACGCAAUUUAUUUGAGACAAGCCAGAGGAGGGUAUCGGUUCAAUGGAGUCAUAUAUGACUAUAUCCGUUUGGAAGGGCCUGCUAGCUAGCUUCUGAGUUAUAAUAUGGGUUCUGUAUAUACAUAUUUACCUUAGUACUUAGUUAUUUGUUUUAUUGUUUAUGCAUUGGAUCUAAAUAACAGUCUUCGAUUGCCCGAAGGGUAAAAGGGAACUGAUUCGUUAGUAUAUAAUUAUAUAUAGUAGUAUAAGUCUAGCUAAUUUUAACAGUCUUCAGUCAUUCUUCCUUAAAACAAGUUACAGUUUCAAAUAAAAAGUUCAUGUUUGUUCUAUUUUCGUUUUUAGUGUCAAUUCUCA